ACUCAUAAAUGGGAAAUUUAUGCAGUAUAGGCUAUAGCAGAGAUCCUGAUGUGCUUAAUGGAAAAAUAAAAAUCAAAUCCUGACUUGCAACCCCUUAGCCAGGCUUGAUCAAAACAAGAGAAAUUACAAUCGCUGAAAAAUUAUGACACCUAAACAUUUUAAGAAACGCUCGAAAUAUUUGGAGUUUGAAUGAUCAAAAGAGAACAGUUAUGACUUUACAAUGGAUUACGAACAUGCUUCAAAUGAGAUUGGGACUAAGAGGAUGAGAAAGAAAGAAAAGAAAAGGGAUAAAAAUAAAGAUAAUGAGUGCAAGGAGAUAAAACAGAUGGAAGAAGACAAAAAUAAAGAAGAACAUUUUAUAUUUCAAGAUAAAGAUAUAAUAAGCUCAGAAAAUGAUAGCUUCUUUAGUUCUAUACUUCAUGCUCUUUUGUCUAUUUCAGAUUUUUCUGAAUAUUUCCAAGAAAGCAACAAAAUUAUUUCAGGAACAGAAAAAAGACUCAAUAAAUAACUAUUUUGUUGAAGAUAAAAAUAAGAGACAAAAAUAUUCAAAGAGGCUCUGAGAAUUUAUCUGUGCUUAUUUUUCUGAUAAUCCAAGUCCAAUUAAAUCUGAAAAUUUAAGAUCUCUCUUUGAUGGUGAGUUUCCUGUUUCACAAAAACACAAGCCUUUCAAAUUAUUGAAGUCACUUCUAAAUAUUUUGCAAUAUGAACAUGAUAACUCAAAUUCAGCAUUUUUAUUUUGUGAAUAUAAGAAUAUUCAAGAAGCCUGGAACAUAUACAUAAAAGAUCACAAUUCAAUAGUAGAUCAACUAUUUGUAGGAAUGUAUGAAACAUCAUAUAAAUGAAAUGAAUGCUCUGACAGAAGAAAAGUCUACAAAGAAUUCAAAUUUAUCUCAUUAAAACAAGACCCCAAUUCCAAAACCACAUCCUUCCCUGACCUCCUCUGCCCUCCAUCCCAAACACCCUCCAAAAUCCUCUGCCUGGUCUGAAAAACCGUCAAAAACUGCCAAGUCCAAUCCAAAAUCGCCAAAUACCCCAAAUACCUCCUCCUGUCCCUCACCCCUCCCUCGCCCACCUACUCCUCCACAUUCACCACCCCUACCCUCACCUACACCCUGAUCACCUCCAUCCUCACCCAUCCAGCCCCAGUAGCCAUCUGUAAGAGAGACUCCCAUUACACUCUAUUCUCCAAUUCCUCUUCUGUUCCUGUAAAAGCUUCUGAAAUGAUAAGUUCAGAUGCUUCUGUGCUGGUUUAUCAAGGAGAAGGGACAGAGGAGUUAAAGUAAAUUUUUAAAUGUGUGCGGAAUGUGCA